AUGAGAUAGUAUAAGUAAAAGAGGCAAUAAAUCCUCGACUUGGAAGCCAAGAUGCAUUUUUCUUACGAUAUGGGGGAAACUCUAACUGAGGAUGAUAGACUAGUUGACCAAAUCCUUAACAAGAUUAGAAAUAAGUAUAAAAAUGACUAGAUCAAUAUUAUUAUUCACGAUUUCUUCAAGAAUUAGAAAACUUUAAAAGAUAGUGAACUCUACUCAAUACUUGAUAUCAUGCCAAAGGGAGGACUACAUCAUUUGCACACAACUGCUGCCCCAUCAGUUGACUUCUAUAUCUAGCUUACAUACAAUGAAGCAGUGUACUUUAACGAGAGGGAAAAACUCUUCAAAGUUUCACCUAAAGGACUAGAUGAAGAUGGUUACAUAAAAUGCACUGAAUUAAGAAGAUUCUCAGCAUCAGCCGAGGAAUUUGAUUAAAAACUCAGAAACUAUAUCAGGAUGACUCCAGAGGAAUGUGCUAGUAAAGAAUCUCAUGAAAUAUGGACUCAUUUCUAGCACAAAUUCACACUUAUCAAUGAUCUUGGCAAGUACAAGGACUUUUUUAAGUUAAUACUACAUGAGGUCCUCUAGAAAUGCGCUGCAUAAAACAUCUUCGUAGUCGAGUUAAGACAUAUCUUUGGUAUGCUUUUUGACGAUGAUAGAAAUCCUGUUUCAUUGGAAGAGGAGAUUAAAUUGAUAGAUGAUUAAGUUAAGCAUAUUCAACAAGAUAUUCCAUAUUUCAGACUUAAACUUAUCAUCACUGGUUUGAAGAUAGUUGGAAAGCAACAUAUCAGAAAAAUGAUUGCUAACAUCAUUGAGGGUGAAAAAUACAGUAAUCUAAUUGCUGGCUUUGAUUUGGUUAAUGAAGAGGAUUUCAGUCCACCUAUCCUUGAAUUCUUAACAGACAUAAUGGAAGGAAAAAAUCUUGAUAAGAAGAGCAAGAUGCCUUGCUUCUUCCAUUGUGGUGAAACACAUGACAGAACCAACCAAAACGUAUAUGAUGCCUUACUUCUCAAUUCAAAGAGAAUUGGUCAUGGAUUCCAAUUAUUCUUGCAUCCUCACUUGCAAUAAUAAGUUAAGCAGAAAGAUAUCUGCAUUGAAGUCUGUCCAAUUAGUAAUCUAUUGCUUGGCUAUACAACUGAUUUGAGAAUUCAUCCAGUUAGAUUUAUGCUUCACAGAGGGCUCUAGGCAUCAAUCAGCAGUGAUGAUCCAGGUUUCUUCGGUUAUGAAGGCGUCACUCUUGACUAUGUUUACGCUUUUCUAGCCUGGGAUCUUGAUAUCAAGGAUCUCAAAAAACUCUCUCUAAAUGGAAUUAUAUAUAGUUCAUUGGACAAAGAGCACAAGGAUUACUUAAUUAGCGAUGUUUUCGAAAAGAAAUGGAAAGAAUUCAUAGAGAUCGUCCUAGAGAAAUUCUAGGGAGCCUGA